UGUACUGUUUGCAGUGAUUGCAGAGGUACAUUCCUGUCAAGAUCAUCUUGGGCAUCUGUGGUCUCUUAACUAUGUACCUACUGAACUGCAUUCCAGAUAAAUAAGAGGCUACAGCAUGAAAGCUUUCACCUUAUCCAUGAGAGACAGGCAGUUGUCACAUCAGCUGAACUUGAUGCAGUUAUGUGACUUUGCCCAUUUUUUUAAAAGCUCCUUUAGACAAUUUACUGAGUACAAGACUUGUGUUACGACAUCAGACUUCCUGAUAGCAGAAUAUUGGUACUUAGAGAUUCAAUAUUGCAUAAACAUGGGUGCAUUUUUGGAUAAGCCAAAAACUGAAAAGCAUAAUGCUCAUGGUGCAGGGAAUGGCUUGCGUUACGGCCUCAGCAGUAUGCAGGGAUGGAGAGUGGAAAUGGAAGAUGCUCACACAGCUGUUGUAGGUAUUCCCCAUGGCUUAGAGGACUGGUCCUUUUUUGCUGUUUAUGAUGGUCAUGCAGGAUCUCGUGUUGCAAAUUAUUGCUCCACACACUUACUAGAACACAUCACUAACAAUGAAGACUUUAGAGCAGCAGAAAAACCCGGAUCUGCUCUUGAACCUUCAGUGGAAAAUGUCAAGAGUGGAAUCAGAACUGGCUUUUUGAAAAUUGAUGAGUGUAUGCGCAAUUUCUCAGACCUCAGAAAUGGGAUGGACAGAAGUGGCUCAACAGCAGUGGGAGUUAUGAUUUCACCUGAGCAUGUGUACUUUAUCAAUUGCGGUGAUUCACGUGCUGUUCUCUAUAGGAAUGGACAAGUCUGUUUUUCAACACAGGAUCACAAACCUUGCAACCCGAGGGAGAAAGAGCGUAUACAGAAUGCAGGAGGCUCUGUCAUGAUUCAGCGUGUCAAUGGUUCAUUGGCAGUUUCUCGAGCUCUGGGGGACUAUGACUACAAAUGUGUUGAUGGUAAAGGCCCUACAGAACAACUUGUUUCUCCAGAGCCUGAGGUUUGUGAAAUUUUAAGGGCAGAAGAAGAUGAUCAGUUCAUCAUACUGGCUUGCGAUGGUAUCUGGGAUGUUAUGGGAAACGAAGAGCUCUGUGAAUUUGUUAAGUCUAGACUUGAAGUUUCAGAUGACCUGGAAAAAGUGUGCAAUUGGGUAGUGGACACUUGUUUACAUAAGGGGAGUCGUGAUAACAUGAGUAUUGUACUAGUUUGUCUUUCAAAUGCUCCUAAGGUCUCAGAUGAGGCAGUGAAAAAAGAUGCCGAGUUGGAUAAGCACUUGGAAUCACGGGUUGAAGAAAUUAUGGAGAAAUCAGGUGAAGAAGGAAUGCCUGAUCUUGCUCAUGUUAUUCGUAUUUUAUCUGCGGAGAAUAUUCCUAAUUUACCACCAGGAGGUGGUUUAGCUGGCAAGCGUAAUAUUAUUGAAGCUGUGUACAGUAGACUGAAUCCACACAGAGAGAACGAGGGGAGCCCCACCGCGGAGGACAGCAUCUUUUUUGUAUAUUGACUCCCUCCAGGAACUUAUUACACAUCUGUUACAAUUUAAUAAAAUGAGGUAACUGAAAUAAACACGAAAGUUACGUCCUCAGAAUGGAAUAUAGCUUUGGCGCCAAUUGCCUUUAAAAUCACUGUGUAGUUGUUUGGAGUCCGUUUAAUUUGGUUUCUUAAAAUGUGAAAUACGAGCAUGCUCCAGUGGGCUUUGCAAACUUCAUCUUCUUUUGCUGUUGAGUGAAAAUAACAGCAGCAAGAUGGAUGAUGCCCUUUAGAAACACUACACUGGAUGAAAUUAUAGAUACCAUUUUCCAGUCAGUAUGUUUUUAUUUUGGUAGUAAGUGAUUCUGAUCCAAAGUCGUUUGGGAGGAGCAUGCUGCCACUUGGUAAAGGCCACAAAUCCUAUAUGUAUUUUCCAAGCAACUUGGGAUCAUUUAUCCUGCUGUCUUUGAGACUGGGACCAACCCAAUGUGGUCCCCAUCUCCAAGGUGACAAAAAACAUGAGUCCUAUGAAUGUCUUAUACAGUACUUGGUUCUUGGUAUGAACUAGAGAUACCUCAGUAUUUUAAACUGGCUGUUUGAGGAGGGAGCGGAAAAAAAAAAGGGAAGGAAACAGUGGAGUUAUGCAAUGUCUAUGCACUGUGAUAACAUUGCUAAACAUCUUAUAUUUAAACAGGAAGCAAAGGUAGGAAGGAAAUGUACAGCACCAUACCAAUGAUGAAAGACUGUAAUCUAAGCAGUGCUUCUGUUCUUAACAUAAUAUGAAGCAAGAGUAGUUCUUAAUACUAAAAAUUAUAAGCUGGAGAUAAAAGCUCUGAAUGUGCAGAGCAUGAAGGUGCACUGACUUGAACUUGAGGCCCAUACCUUGUGUGUAUUUAAUAGCAUACUUGUCAGGAGUGUGGGUGUAAUGCUUAAAUCUGCUGGAACUAGCAGCCAUUUUAUCUGUUGAUUUUUAUAUUAGGGCAGAGACUUUUUUUCCCUUACCCUUACAAGUAAUGAGGUAAUUGUUAACAUCCUGGUGCAUUCAAGGAAACAUUAAAAAAGCAAAAAACAAACAAAAAACCAUCCAGAAUGUUUGCAGUUGGCUUCUCCUUUCUGAAGCAUUUCCUUUUUAGUGUUAACAUUUAUAUACAUAUAACAUUUCCUGUGUUAUAAUAGCUUGACAAAUAAGUUCUUAGUAUAUAAAUCAAAACUGAGAUAAUAUCUUUAUCUAGAUAAGAUUUCUUUAAGUUUGUACUGCACAGAUAUCCAUUAGUAUUCUGCUUGACUUAGACUUGUUUCUGCCACCGGAGCUUGUGAUUCAUGGAGUGGCUUCAUUCAGUUCUUCAUGUGUACGCUCUGUUCUGUUUAUCUUCUGAGAAUCUUUAACAUAAGUAGGUAUUGUGUAGAGUGAGAUGUUAAUUAAAGAAUCAUUACUCUGGCAGCAUUCAGAGAUCCCAGCAUGGCUUCAGGGUAUAGCUGUCAUUAGAAGUUUUCUUUUACCCAUCUCACCACUGUGCAAGUAUUGGGCAGACUUGGGGGCUGGAUGAGAGCCUUUCAUUGGGCUUGCAAACAGCAGCUCUGCUGGUGUUUUGGCAGAGAGGCUUCUGAUAAAGCUGUGGUGACUUGUACUCGUGUUUAGAUGAAAUCAUAGAAAUCUCUUACAUAUUUUAUGCUUCUGCUGCCCAGUGCAGUUAGGCUGCUUGGAAGUAUGUGUAAUUUAGAAAUGAGAAACAAAGUUACUGACUGUGCCAGGUGUUUCUGUGACCCUUUUUUUGAAGCCAGCUUUGUGCUUGAUUAUCUUGCCUGAGAUAAGUUAUAUUUCUUACUUGCUUUUGUUUUACUUAGUGGCACUUAGCUGAAGCAAAGGAUGUCAUUAAGGGCUGUGACAGAUUGCUUUUAAAAAUGCCAAAAUUCUUACAUGUUUAAACACUGUAAAUUUAUUGUUCAUAAUAUAUACUAGGCUUUUGUAUACAAGUAAUUUAAAUGUUCAUAGCUUAUGUAAGAAUUUAAUGCUUGUGUUAAAUACAGCUACGCUAGUACACAGAGUUCAAUUAGAACAUGAAGGAAGGUGAGUGCUGACUUGCUCAGUAAUCUUAGCCUUCAGAGAAUCUGGGGGACCUUUUCUAGCCAAGCAUCAUUAGCAAGAAAUCUGUGUAGUAAUGUAUCCAUAUUGUAAGAUAUAUAAAAGAGUGAGAUUCUGUCCUGCUGUUAUAUGUAGAGGUUUUUGUACUGUUGCUGAGGGAGAUGAGGUAAGCGCAGAAUAGACCAACAUCAGGCGUGUUACACAGGAGUGAAAAUAUUAAGCUCAGUCUCCCAAAAGAACUAUGAAAGAUCUGAGUAUUGUGAAAUUAGUGUUUGUUUGCUAAUGUCAACCUUGGAGCAGAACUGAGGAAUUACACAACGUAGAUAUUCUCCAAACUUUCAAAAGAGAUAAUUCCUCCUCUAUUCUGCCUUAUUUAAUAAUAGCUAGAUGAAAAUAUACAUAUAGCUUUUUUUUUUUUCCUGUGGAAAUCUAAGGAAUUGAAUAUAUCUGUAGUCUCAUCUCAAUACUCUGAUUUUUCACCAACUUUGUGAGUCUCACUUAGUGCUUUAGAAAUACCUUCUUUAAUUUGCUUCUCCUCAAUGGGCUCUUGAAGACCUCUCUGAUUGUGAAAAUACUAGUACAUGGGAGCAA